CACCCUGAAACACAGAAGCACCCAUACACACACUCUCUCACCUAUAUACAGUACCACACGCACCCUCUCAAAAAGUUUUUAACUUUAGUGAUUCCUUCAUUUUUAUCUCUCUUCAAGCUAGAAACGACAAUAAUUCUGGAAGCUACUGAGUUUAAAUAGAGGAGAACAUAUACACACUCCUAGGCCAUUUGCAUUUCAUAGAGUAUUAGAAUUAUAUGUAGGGUUUCUCCAAGAUUUUGAAGGGAGCUCUUAAAAUUUUAAUUAAAAUUCCUCUACUCUUUUUGUUUUUUGUUUUUUUGUUUUUAUCAAGAUCAUCGGUGUCCAUAUUGAAUUACAAGUUCCAAAAAAGUAGAGCGAGAGAUGGUGAGAGAGAGAAGGUACAAUUAUAAUAAUAGUAAUCAUAAUAAUACAUCAUCAAGGAGCAGAAAUGGAGUUGGAGGUGGUGAUGAUGAUGAUGAAAUGAUGAUGAUGAUGAGCAGUAAGAGUAUGAAGCCUGCAUGGCUAGAAGGAUUGAUGGCAGAGACAUUCUUCGGAGGUUGUGGGGUCCACGAGAGUCGCAGAAAGAAUGAGAAGAACGUCUUUUGCUUGCUCUGUUGCCUUAGUAUCUGCCCUCACUGCCUUCCUUCUCAUCGCUCUCAUCCCCUCCUCCAGGUGAGAAGAUAUGUUUACCAUGAUGUUGUUCGAUUGGGGGAUCUUGAGAAGCUCAUUGACUGUUCUUAUAUUCAGCCCUAUACAAUAAACAGUGCCAAAGUGAUAUUCUUGAAUCAGAGACCACAGUCAAGAUCCUGCAAGGGUUCAUCCAACAAUUGCUUCACUUGCGACAGGAUACUCCAAGAUCCAUUCCAUUUCUGCUCUCUCUCAUGCAAGGUUAAUCACUUGGUGGAUCAAGGGGAUGAUCUCUCGGCUAUUCUUUACAGGAUUGAUGAAUCUGAUUUUGCAUUUUCCCAAUUUGAGGGAUUGAGGAUGGACGGCUCUGAAAUUAUUGAUGAUGAUGGUCAAAUUACCCCGAGCUCCAUUUUUGAGAACCCAUCACAACACAGAGGCUCGUCAUGCUCCAAUGAACCGGAGGUCCUAGGAAAGAAGGAGAAAAAAAGUGGCUUUCUUCCGGGGAAUUUCUUCUCUCUGAGCAGCAGGAGAAAGGGAUCUCCUCAUAGGGCUCCUCUCUCGUAAUUGUCUACAAAAUUCAAAAAGAAAGAAAGAGGGCGGUUUAUAUAUAUAUAAUCGCUAAUCUGUUGUCUUGAGGGUGGCCAUGUUCUAAAUCAAUCAGUAUAGUUAGCUAGCAUGACUCAGAAAUUGCAUGGAAUGUUUAUUUAAGGAUUUACUUCCGUUUUUUUUUCUUUGGUAAGCCUUAUUAGGAUAGGAAUUAGCCCGGGCAUUUCCAUUGCUGACUUUAGGUGGUGAUAGAGAGGUUAUACGUCUAUCUGAAAGCUGGCUAGGCUCUUCACUCCAAUUUUGCGUACAUGUAAUGGAAUUUGCUCGUAUAUACAUAUAUAUGUUGUUUGCAUAAA